AUGGUAUGCAACAUCGCAGUCAAUGGCAACCAAAUGUGUGGCCAGCCCGUCCGUUCUCAGAUUGCUCUUCGCCGCCACAUCCGAAACGCCCAUCCCGGUGCCACUCUUAAUCCCUUCUGCACUAACAUUCCCCAGGCUGAGCGCAUUGCGGGUGAAAACGCUUUAAAGCAAUGGAUCCUUAGCAGAGGAUGGAGAACUGCCUGUUACGUGAAGGAGCCUGGUGAGGGUCCUAUGUACAGUAUUAUUCAGGAUUGCUGUAACUUCCUCGAGCAGCUGGCCCAGGAAGAUAACGACUUUGCUCAGCAGUUUGGGACUAAGUUCCAUUGUCCUAUAUGUGAUCCGGGUAUUUACUCUACAUAUUCCCUGCCGCAAAUCUCCCCAUUACCCUCUGAGCCACCUACCCUACUGUCUGCCCCCAAGCGCAAGCGUGCUCCACUGAAAAAGGGUUACAAAGCCACUGGUAGCCGGAAGCAGCCGGCGCGCGCCAAGAAGGAUGCUGCCAAGUUAGUGCCGGAGACUGUGUAG